UAGGGGUGAUUUUCUUGUGCUUCGUGAAAUAAGGUGUUGGUGUUGGUUGUGUUUUGUUAUUUCAAAAUAAGGGUGAGUAGGGCAUUGUCUCAUAUUUUAGGUGCAGACAGUUGUUGAAAAGGCAUUUUUGCUAUGGUUUGUUUUAAAUACUGUCGUGAUUUAAAAACCGUUUGAGGCCGCAUCUCGCUUAACAUAUUUGCAGUCGCUUUUUUAUCUCUUCUCAAAUAUCCCUUUAUGAGAUGUGAAAAACAGAAGAGGAAACCCAUUUUCGAAAAACGCCUUUGAAAAAUUACAAACUUUAAUUCACGUCUAUCAAAAUUGCAAAAUACCUCCGACUUUAAAAAAAUAUAUAUAAUUAUUUAGAUUAUUAAGGUGGCAAUGAUAAAGUUGCAUUUAUUUUUAUUACUCGCACAUGUAAAACAUUGUAGAAUAUAAAUAAAAUUCGAAGUUUCUUUUCAAAUAAAUGCCAAAUUCUGUAAGCUCCAUUUAAUUGCACGACUUUGUCCUCAUUUGAGUAGCAACAUUGCAACAACCAUUUCUCAGAUCACGACAUGGAAUAGCAUGCCAUUGUUUUAUUGCAACUGUCUCUUAAAGGGCAAUAAACAUUCCGAAAAGUGUUGAUGUGUUUGGAACACAACUCACCUCUAUGAUUUGGUCAGGUACUAUUAACAUCUAUAUACUGCUAGAGUAAUUGAAAAUAGACAAUUUCGGUUGGAAACAUCGAAAAGCAAAUUCUAACCUGAAGGCGAUAUAUUUGGUAGCAAUUCAUGCAGUAAAUCAACUUAAUUGAUUUUUCGUUCGGAGAAUCAUUCGAAUUAUAAAUUGAAAAGAUGAAUAUUAGAAAAAAAUCACUCCGAAUAAAUAUCUGAUGAACCAAUUAUCGGAGUGUAACUUGAAAAUCGCUUUUCAGUUUAUUUAGAACAAGCAAAGGCGAGAUGAUGGCAAAAUGAACACGAUGAAAUUGAAAUUGUCUCUAAAUCUUCAGACUUCUGACAGACAAUUAAAAUAUGCUUGACUAAGUUAGACAUUAAACGAUGUAAUUUCUGUGGAUGGUUUGAGGGAUUCAUACGCCAUAGAUUAAUUAUAUAACAUAUACAAUGUUAAAAAACUAGUCCCAAUAUUUUACAAUAAGCCUGGGUGAAACAUUGAAAGACUGUUUGUCCGGUCUAUCCCAAAACUACUUUUAUCCUUUGCCAAUUUUCGCAAAAUCGCAUUGUUUCGGAAGAAUAUAAAUUGCGAAAAUAUUCUUUUAUCGGCCAGAAUCACAAGGGAAGCUCCUUAAUCUACAAGAAUCAUUUAACUUUGCCUCAUGGACUUAUGGUUUUUUAUUAAUAAUAAGCACUUUACUAACUUUAAAUGGUUGUAUAGCCAAUAACCUACACCGUUUGAGUCAAGAAACUGACCAAGCCAUUUUGGACCUAUCCAAGUACCUUCAUAUGACUCGGGCAACUAUACUAAAAUUAUUGUAUACUCAAUAUAAGAUUAUAGAGAAUAUUAAUUAACUGUGAUAUGUAUGAAAGAGGUAGACGGUUCAUGACGUGGUGAUUUGAGACAUGUCUUCUAGCUGGAGGUAUCUCUCUUUAUGAACAGCUGUCGUGGGGUUUCGUUAAUGGAAAAUGUUAUUUUACCUUCGAAACGGUCCGAUGGAUUAACCCAAGAAUUUAUGUCCAUUGUUUAGAUACCGAGACGGUACGAACAACCCUGUAUACUGAAAAUUGGAGUAAUAAAAACUUGCAUCACAUAACAUUUAUAUAUAAAUAACGUACGACAACUAAUAGACAAGCAAAUAAAUCUUAAUUUCGUGUCGGUUAAUGCCGUAUGCCAAUUUGGCAGCUAGCAGCUUCAUCUUGAAUUCUCCGACGAUACAUUUGAAUAUAUUGGAGGGGGCACCGAUACUAAAUAUGGCCAUAGCUGGCCACUGCCAGGGUAACGUAACCGACUGACGUCGGCCAGCGUCGUGCUAACCCCAAUUGAUGAUUGGCCGUCGCGACGACUAUAAAAUUGACUUCGGUACAAUCUUAGCACCUUCUUACGUUCACCGGCUUUCACGCCACGAGAUCACCAUACCAUCUUUGACAACCAUCACAUCUUCGGCGCCAGACUAGAUUAAAACCAACAAGCCAGCAAAAUGUGUGACGAUGAUGUAGCGGCCUUAGUGGUUGACAAUGGCAGCGGAAUGUGCAAAGCAGGAUUUGCCGGAGAUGACGCGCCCAGGGCGGUGUUCCCUUCCAUCGUGGGAAGGGCCAGGCAUCAGGGUGUCAUGGUCGGUAUGGGUCAGAAGGACUCCUAUGUGGGCGAUGAGGCCCAGAGCAAAAGAGGUAUUCUCAGUUUGAAAUACCCCAUCGAGCACGGCAUCAUCACUAACUGGGACGACAUGGAGAAGAUCUGGCAUCACACCUUCUACAACGAGCUGAGAGUAGCCCCAGAGGAGCACCCUAUCCUCCUGACAGAAGCUCCCCUGAACCCCAAAGCAAACAGAGAGAAGAUGACCCAAAUCAUGUUCGAGACCUUCAACACCCCUGCCAUGUACGUGGCCAUCCAGGCUGUGCUGUCUCUGUAUGCAUCCGGUCGUACCACUGGUAUCGUACUUGACUCCGGAGAUGGAGUCUCGCAUACAGUACCCGUAUAUGAAGGUUAUGCUUUGCCACAUGCGAUCCUGCGUCUGGACUUGGCAGGGCGCGACCUCACAGACUACCUGAUGAAAAUCCUGACUGAGAGAGGUUAUUCUUUCACCACCACUGCCGAGAGGGAAAUCGUUAGGGACAUCAAAGAGAAGCUGUGCUACGUCGCUUUGGACUUUGAACAGGAAAUGGCCACAGCUGCCAGCUCUACCUCAUUGGAGAAGAGCUACGAGUUGCCUGAUGGACAGGUCAUCACCAUCGGUAACGAAAGGUAUGAUUUUGUUUUUCACACAUUUUCGAAACGAGAGUGAAAAGAACCUAGGCUGAUUGGAAAAAUAGAAGCAAUGUUUUAAGGGUAGAAAGUACGUCCAAAAAUAACACGUAAAGUUUGUUUCUGCAUUGGACCUUAAAAGCUCCCUGAACGAGAUAAAGGAUCAUGGGCGAAGGCAGGAAUUUUUCUCAUGAGUGAUUAAUUAGACAUUGAUAAGAGGAAAGUUUUUGUAUAUUGUGAGGGCGGAUAAGACGGCAAACAUUUCUGAAGAGCAGUCGGUAGCAAAUUUGUCUAAGGAAGGGGAAGAGUUGGGUGCUUUUGUAGAAGGACAUACCCAGUACUCCCAAAAAAUUAAUGUAUGGGCAGGCAUUUUAGGAAACAAAGUGAUUGGGCCAUUGUUUAUUGACGGAAAUUGGAAUUGAGACAUUUAUUUGGAUAUGUUGGAAAAUACCAUCAAUCCGCUUGUAACUGAAACCAUUGAAAACCAAAUCGAAGAGCAUGCAAACCCUAUACUUGAUGAGGUUGAAGUAUAUUUCCAGCAAGACGGCGCUCUUUCCGGUUCGGCUAGAUGACGAGUUUCCAGAUAAAUGGAUAGGGCGAAGAGGGCCUAUAGAAUGUCCUGCCAGAUGUCCUGAUUUGACGCCAUUAGACUUUUUUCUAUGGGGUCAUUUGAAAUCUAUUGUGUUUACUCCCCAACCUGAAAGUUUGGAUAAACUUCGUUAACGCAUCAUCGAAAGCUGCCAUGAUAUCCCACAUGUUUUUGAAAAUGUCCGGCAGGAACUUGAACAUCGCCUAUAUCAUAGUUUGGUCAAUAACGGGCAACAUUUUAAACACUUAUUGAAAUAAAAACUGAUAUUUUCGUGUGUUUUUGGUCUCUAUCUGAACAAAUUAAGGUAAAUAAAGGUUUUUCUAAUUUUCUUGAAAAUGAAUCGACCGAUUUCAAAAAAUCAAACUUGAAAAUAAAAGACCUUUCAAACAAGCUAUUACUCGAUAACCCUUGUCAUUUGAAAUUUUUAAGGAGAUGACCCUGGGGGGCCGAGGGUGAAAGAGGGUCUAGUAGUUUUUGGUUAAAAAGUUGUCCUCCUCUACAAAUCCUUUGACUUGCCUCGGCGUUUUUUCUGAUAAUUAGUGGUUUUCGAUAAAUCCGUGGUGGGAAGUUUUCAAAUGAUCACCCUGUAUAAAAAAUUAUCUACAGAACGCUAAAAUACAUCAGGAAUGCCAUAUACAGUGUCUUUCAAAUUUCAAUUGGCCUUUAACUGUGUUCUAAAAAUGCAGAUCGAAUAGGUAGUUGAAUUUCAACGUAAUCAGCUUUCCAUUUGUCAUUCUAGCGACAAAACUUCCAAUUCUAAUCAUAUUUGGAAGAUAUUAACUUGACGUUGUCGCCUAGAAGCAACAAAGCCUACUUUUAUACGCGUUUUUUGAAAGAUGUAUCUAAGCAAGAUCUUAAUGUUGUGUAUAAUUAUUCAUGGAUUUGAUUACAGAUUCCGUUGUCCUGAGGCCCUGUUCCAGCCAUCUUUCUUAGGAAUGGAAUCCUGCGGUAUCCACGAAACAGUAUACAACUCUAUCAUGAAGUGUGAUGUGGACAUCCGUAAAGAUUUGUACGCUAACACUGUACUUUCUGGAGGCACCACAAUGUACCCAGGUAUGUAUAGAUAAAAUAUUGGAAGUAAUGAAAUGAAUUCCAAAAACAUUAUUAAGCUUAAAUUCUUUUUGUAAGUAGGUGUUCCUGAAACAUCAAAAAAUGAAUUAUGUACGGUUUUUCGUUUUUUUCCAGUAUGUUUUUGUUGUUACUUGACUGAUUUUCCAAAACCUUAUGUCAACGUUUCAUUAAAAUCGAAUGGUGAGCGAUAGCAGAGAGUCCGACAGAAGGACCGAUAGAUAUUAGUGACAUGGUUUUAGGUCAUGUACAUAUCAUGUAGUAUCCAGAAACAAUAUCUCAUUUACGAAAUUUUUCAAUACUCGUUGAGAAGUAAAAAUGUAUACCCUUUUUAAGACAUUCUGGCGCAUAGUCAAACAGCUGGCUGCCUCAAAAACGUUUCACAUCAAAAACGUUUCAAUAAGAGUGGAAUAUGAGCGUGUCAUGGAUAUAUAACAAUAUACUAUGUAAUAUACUAUACAUAUUUUUCCUCAUCCACAGAAACUCCCGAUUCCCAAUAUUCAUUUGGAAAUCACUAAAGCACCGGGAGCUAUAAAGAAAUAACGAUUACGAGAAUUGAAUUUCGGAACUCUGUAUUUCACUAAUUUUACUAAGUUAUAUUUGGCUCAAUAUCAUUACUUUCACAAUUGUAAUUUGGGUUUGAUUUGACGCAUCCGUUACGGACUUCUAUACUAUUCAGCCGUUUCGAGAUUUGUUUAUUUCCUUAUAAUAGUAUUCCUUCAAACCUAUUUCAGGUAUUGCUGACCGUAUGCAAAAAGAAAUCACCGCCUUAGCCCCAUCAACAAUCAAGAUCAAAAUCAUCGCUCCACCAGAAAGGAAAUACUCCGUCUGGAUCGGUGGAUCCAUCCUAGCUUCACUAUCCACCUUCCAGCAGAUGUGGAUCUCCAAGCAAGAAUACGAUGAAUCCGGCCCUGGCAUUGUACACCGUAAAUGCUUCUAAGCCAUUGUACUGCAUCAAAUGCUCCAUUACAAUCAAAUUUCUUUUGGAGUUUGCAUGAAAUGGACAGCUAUAUGUGACAUUUUUAUGAACUUAAUUUUUACAUAAAUGACUGCUCGUGAGAUUUCACUAUAGGAAAAACAAUUUCUGUUAUAAUUCCUAUUUGUUCAUUGUAAGAUCGUAUACAAUGUUUUUUAUUUUAUUUUAUGAGUUAUGCGAACCUUGCAUUUCAGAUCAUUGUGGUGACUGUCUAAUACUUAUUUAUUGCGUCAGUGUAAGAUUUUUUUGGUACCCUUUUGGUGGUUUAUUGUAUACGAUUUAAUUUGGUCAAAGUGUAGAUUUUCCAGCAUAUACUCAUGUAAUGACU